AUGGCUGGUAUAAUGCGUGCUGUCGCCCAGUUGGGUCAGGCAUUGAAUGUUUCGGUCAUCGACCUACCUAUUCCGACCAUCCAGAAUGCAACGGACGUCAUCGUCCGCCUGAACGCCACAGCGAUUUGCGGCAGCGACCUCCACAGUUACCACGUUCAGUCUGGAUCACAGGAUCAGCCAUUCCUGUACGGUCACGAAGCCAUUGGCUAUGUGACUGAGGUUGGCGAUGCGGUACAGUUCUUGAAUGUCGGCGACUAUGUUGUCAUUCCGGACAACCUCGACAACGGUCGCUAUACUUUUGAGCCGGACACCUAUGUCGUGCCCUUGGGCUUCGGUGGUCUUCAGGGAGGAGGCCCGCUCCCCGGUCUGCAGACCGAAUACGCUAGGAUUCCUUUUGCCGAUAACUCUUUGAUUCCCGUGCCCGUCAACGAAACUACCACUUUCGAAACGCUGCUCGACUACCUCUUCGUUUCCGGCAUUUUCUCCACUGCUUGGUCUGGUGUAACCUUCUCUGGGUUCAAACCAGGAGACACUGUUGCUAGCUUCGGUGCUGGCCCAGUUGGUCUACUUGCUGCUUACUCUGCUGUUCUUCGUGGCGCUUCUCGUGUCUACUCCGUCGAUCAUGUGCAGAAUCGUCUAGACCUCGCUGCCUCCAUCGGUGCCAUUCCCAUCAACUACCACGAAAGGAACCCUGUCCAGCAGAUCUUGGAAAGGGAGCCGAAUGGCGUGAGGCGAAGCGUUGAGGCCGUCGGCUUCGAGGCGGAAGCCGUCAAUGGUACCAUCGAUUCAUCCCUCACUUUGCGCGAGAUGGUCAACGUUACGGCUCCUGGCGGCGGAAUGGGCAUUGUCGGUCUCUUCAACUCUACUUUGACGGAUUUCAACAUUGGCCAGGCAUACGAGAAGACAAUAUCGGCCAACGGCGGCAUCGUUCUUCCUCUACAGGUUGUGUCGGAAUUGGUGCCUUUGAUUACCUCUGGUCGGGCGCACCCAAGCUUCAUUAUCAGCAGCAUCAUAGACAUCGAGGAGGCUCCUGAAUACUAUGCUCGCUUCAACCGACGCGAGGAGAGCAAGGUUGUGAUCAGGCUCUAA